CUUCAGCUUCUGUUUGUGAAAAUGUUAAAAAUUUCUCAACAAAUAUUCCUUUAACUGUCUUAACCUUUAACUAAAGCUUCCCAAGACAUAUUUGCUAGAACGUUUCUACACCGUCGUCUCUGUUUUUUUCGUCUGAAUCAUUUUUACGUUUUGAUUGAUGAGUAAUUUCUAUUCUUCAAAGACUUUUUUUGAGACAGACUACAUCUGUAAAUGCCGCAAGAAUCAGCAUUGAAAAUAAUUCUUUUGAAGUUUAUAGCAAAGUGAUAUGGUGUUGUCAUGGACUCUGCAAAAGAUAUAAGCAAAAAGAUACGAAGUGCCAUAAAGGCCAAGUUGGUAGAGUUAGGAGCAUAUGUUGAUGAUGAGUUGCCAGACUAUAUUAUGGUUAUGGUGGCCAACAAAAAGACCCAAAAUCAGAUGACAGACGAUUUGAGCCUGUUUCUAGGACUUAAUACAGAAAAAUUUACAUCCUGGCUUCAUGGAUUGUUGGUUAAACUACAGACUUUAAGUUCAGAACAACAAAAAGUUAAAGAAAAACUGACAGAAGAAAGCAGAGAUGAGGAAGAGACGGAAACAACAGGGAAACAAUCAUCACCUGACAAACCAGAAAAACUUAUGAAACCUCCAUCAGAAAAAAAUGUUGGAAAAAAGACAGCUGUUAAAAGAAAAAGUUCUGAGGGCAAACCUAAAAUUGGCAUCAAGGAAUCAGGAAGUAAAACCGUGGAUUCUAACCUUUUAGAAAAUGAAAGUAACAGUAAACCUGCUCCAACUUCUAAACUAAAAGAUGAAGAAUAUGUAUCAGAACUCCUGGAAUCAGUAGAAACUGAUGAAUUUAGUGAAGAAUUUAUUAAAGAACAGGAGCCAAGACUUGUAGGGACCAAAGCAGUAAAAGCUGUAGCACCAACAACUGCCACAAAUGUUCAGACUGUUCUGGUAGCUCCACAAAUGACUGGUUCUAAGGUCAUGAUACCCACCAGAGAUCUGUCAUAUCCACAGCAAUCAAAGAAAAAAGUUGUCUCAAAGAAAGUAAAAACAGUGAUUAAAAGAAAAGCUGAUUCUGGUACUGUAAAAUCAGGAGUUCCUGGUAGUGCUAAGAAGAAACCAUCUUCAAUUGUGGGAACAGUUAAACAACAAUUCACAGAACUGCCUGAUGAAGAGUAUGACCCACUCAAUCCUUCCUUUGGUAAAGUGGCCAGUUCUGUUAAAGUCUCAAGAAGGAGAAGACUGACGAUACCUCCAGCAUUACAAGCCAACAAAGCACUGAUACUGAAGGCCACAGCUGAAGCUGAGAAGUCUGUUAGUUCUACUUUACAAAAUGUUCUCAAAGAGGAGAAGCUAUACAGUGCUAGAGGAAAAGCCCUUGUAAGACCUGUACAGCGAAAGGCACCAGAGUUACCAGAGUUAAGGCACCCAAAGAUUCGUCCAAACCUUGAAUUAAUAUCCAAAUCAAAACGUGAAGAAAUGAUGAGGAACAUGACAUAUACAAUAGCAAACGAAGAGUCCCCAGAAUCUCCUGAAUCUGACGAACCAGAAAAUAUGAAAAUUGUCAUUCAAAAUAAAUUAAAGACUGGUAAAGUACUCCAGAAUGCUAAUCAAGAGAAAGUGACAUACACAGUUGUCAAUCAACCACGGAAAUCACAGCAAGAGGAAUUGGUUUAUAGUGUUGACAAAAGACCUUCAACAAGGAUGCAAUACAUAUCUCAGGCUGAGCCAGUUCAGUAUGCUAUAAGACAGAUGCCACAAAGAGUACAGGUGUUGCCCUCUGGGUAUGUUGCUACUAGUCAACCACAGAAUGUUCAGUACUUAACACAGCUUCCUUCAGGGCAAAUGGCAUAUACUGAUACCACUGAACCACAGUUUAUUCAAUAUGUAAAGGUAGAACGACAACAAAUGGAGAUGGAACCAGUUCAACACUCAUUUCAGAGUGAUAAUAGAAGGAUUCAGCAUGUUGCCAGAGUUCAGCCUGUAAUGGACAGUAGAUUAGUAAAGAGGAAAUCAUUUGAUGAAGAAAUUAAGGAUGAGGUGGACAAAGAAGAGGAAGAGGAAACAUCUGACGAAGAAGAAGAAGAGGCAGAAAUGCUUCCAGAUGUUGAUGACACCGAUGAGACAAGUAAUGAAGGUCAAAUGGUAGCAGGAAGUUCUGAUGCUGAAGGUCAAGAGGUCAUACAAGAUGAGGUAAAAGAGGAAGAGGAGGUGGAGGAUGUAGACAGCCUCAGUCUUGAAGGUGAAGAAAAGACACCAGAACCAAGUCCUGAACCUGUUAUAGAAGAACAAAAGCCUGUCCCAUCAAAGAGAUUGAUCAGGGAAAGACAACCCAAACAAUCUAAACCAAAACCUGCUCAAAUAAAUCCUAGAUUCAUUGUGACAUUAGAUGGCAUAGAUCCCUCGACAUUCAGAACUGGUUCCAUGUUUGAUGAAGACACACCAAAAAGAGAAAUACCAGUUGUAUCAAAGAUCACACCCCCAUCUAUAACUCCAAUAAAGUUUGAUCUGAGAGACACUGAUGAUGAAGAAGAAGAAGAAGAUCUAGAGACAACUGAAGAAUCCCCAUCAAAGAAAUCCAAAAUGACAGAAAAAUGUAAAUUCUGGCCAGCUUGUUCUGCUGGAAAUUCUUGUUCCUACCAUCAUCCUUCAGUCUCAUGCAAAAUGUUUCCUAAUUGUAAGUUUGCUGAUAAAUGUCUGUACAUUCAUCCAAACUGUAAAUUUGAUGCCAAGUGUACAAAGAAAGAUUGUCCAUUUACACAUGCCAGUAAGAGAGGUACUGCUCCAACAGUUAUAAAGCAAUAUAUACCCAUGCCUGUACAUACACCUCCACUAUAUAAUAAUAAACCACAGGGCAAGAUUGUAUGCAGAUUUGGAGUGACCUGCCAAAAUUUAUAUUGCCCAUUUCAGCACCCUACAAACUGUAGAUAUGGAGCUAGCUGUGCCAAUAUAGCAUCCUGUCCUUUCACACAUCCAACAACCACCCAGUUUACAAAUCCAGCAGCCACCCAGCUUACACAUCCAGCAGCUACCCAGUUCAGACAUUCAGCAGUCACCCAGUCAAAAGACAAAUACUCAUGGACAGCUAAUAAAAACGUAGAUAAUAAUAACAACAACAGGAAAAACCAGAAUCAUACAACAGACUUCCAGAGAACUCAUACUGUCAAAUUUGUUCCCAGACUGGCAGUUUAUGACGAGCAAAAUCUCGUACUUACUAUAAAAAAUAAGUGCCAGAAAGGCAGAUUUCAGAACAACAAAGACUUCAACAACAACUACAGUUAUUAAACCAUCAUGAUGAAGAUAGAAUGCUAUUACAUGGAAUUCCUUCAGCACUUGGUGCUUAACAUUGUGAUGAAGUAAAUCUAGUCAGCAUCAUGUGACUGCUAAUCAAUUUUGCAUUGGACAAUGUUAUCAGGACAAUGGUUGUGUCAUUUGAAUGACAAAAGUAUGAUUUGUGGAGACAUGGGCAAUUGUUUACAUUUUAUGUGGGAUUGAAGCGAAAAAAAUUGUCAUGUUCUACUUAUGUGGUUGGCAUUGUAAAUUGGAAGUCUUUGAAAUGAAAUGCCAUUUUGGUAUUGAUGAAAUACUAUAAUUCAUGGUUGUUAUAUAUAAAUUUAUUCUGUAUUAAAAGUAGGCAGUUUCCUAAGAUCCUUGUUUGACCAAACAUUAAUAUUUUCCUAAUAUUCUGACUCGCAAAUUUGUGUCAAAAAUAUUUAAUUUUUACCCUUUUUGAUAGAAGAAAUCUAAUUUAUGCUAUCACUCAACAAGAAAUCAUUACACAAUUUAAAAUUCCUCAGUUUAAAUUUUGCACAUAUAUAUCAAUUAUCAGUAUACAAAAAAAUACCUCAUUUCGCAAUCUUUCAAUUUUUAGUUCAAAUAUGGCCUUGGCACAUUAUACUUUCUUUAAAUAUAAGGAUAGAAAGGGAAAGUGUUUUUGUUUGUUUUUUAUUAAUGUUUUGUUAACUUAUAAAGUGAGGAAAGAACACUUUUAUCUUUGUUUAAUUUUAAGUUUUUUACUUAGUAAGACAGAGUAUCGUCAUAGUAAAGAAGUUUUAGAUUAACUUUUGAUUUACAGUAAUAUUGUUUUUAUAAGCUAGAAAAAAAACUUUUGUUAUUUUUGUUAAUUGUAAAAAUAUUGUGAUAAAAAUGUGUAAUUUGUUAUUAUCAUGCAAAUGUAACCUGCUACUUAGCAGUUGAAUAUUGUUAGAGAUACAAUCAAUUUCAAAUGUUUUUGUUUAACAAAAACUAACAGUUGGAAUAAAAGGUUAAAAAAGUAAACAGA